AUGAAAUAUCUCCCCUUAUUGAUCGUUGCUUUAACAGCUUUUCUCGAUUCCACAAAUGGACAAGAAGUGGGAAUUUUACAGACACCAAAAUCAACAUUUACACCUGCUCAACCUCCAGCGAUUCCUCUAGCUGUCAGAUCUCCUUACUUGAGCACGUGGUUAUUUGCUGGAAGCGAUGCAGGAAAUGGGGGAUAUCUGGCUGGUCAAUGGCCUCAGUUCUGGGCGUGCGUACAUCCCAUACUCAAGAGCGUGGUCUUCGAGGCUAAUUUGAGUUGAAGUGGACAAGUUACUGCAUGGACAGGUUUGAUCCGCGUAGAUGGGGUAGCGUAUACUUGGAUGGGAAAUCCUGGGUAUCCUGGGUCACAAGUGGUUUUCCAAAAGUCUUUUACUUAUACGGCUACUUCGAGUCAGUUCGUUAUGGAUGUUGGAGGGAAGAUUGAGAGUAAGUUGACUUUCUUAUGUUCUCUUAUGUUCGAUUUUCUCCCGAGGUUGGAGCUAUAAGAAUUCCUCCUUGGAUAUCGAAUACUUUAUUUGCUGGUAUCAUACUAAAUUUCUCAGUGAAUAUCACUUUCACGUCCCCAGUUAAUGUAGAUGAUAUGAAACGACAAUCGGUUCUAGCCUCAUUUCUUGAAGUCCGAGUGAGCUCGGCAGACGGAGCAGGUCAUCAAGUACAGCUCUACACUGACAUAUCUGCUGGUAAGCAUUCAAUCAGCCACACGAAAGGAGAGAAUUGACUUAUCAAAUAGAAUGGGUUGCUGGAGAUCACAGCUCUGUGGCCCAAUGGGAUUACGGGGUAACAGAUGGUGUUGCUCAUCACAAGGUUUAUAGACAAACGCAGCUCGAAUUCAGCGAAUCCUCGGAUCAAGCUGACUGGGGUAACUUUUAUUAUUCCACCAAGAACAAUUUGAACCUUGCCUAUCAGUCCGGACCAGAUUCGGUUGUCCGUGGUCAAUUCUUGAAUAAUGGUACUUUGAGAAAUACCAACGACACCAAUUACAGACCUAUCAACCAGAACUAUCCAGUUUUCGGAUACUCAAGUGAUUUUGGUACUGUUCAACGAGAAAGUCAUUCGACUCUGUAUACCAUUGGUCUCUCUCAGAAGCAGGCUAUUCAGUUUGAUGGAGAAACUGGAAUAAUUCCUCUGGCUUCGUUAUGGACAAGUUACUUUGCAAGUGAAGAGGAAUCUGUGAGCAAUACAUUAUUCUUCGCCUUGAAAUCAGCUAACAUUCUUAGGUUGCUUUCUUCUACCAUGACCAUGCCACUGCAAGUAGAAAUGCACGAACCCUUGAUGCCAAAAUAGCCAAAGAUUCGGUUGCUUCAGGAGGCCAGAACUAUUCAAUUGCCACGACUCUUGCGACCCGUCAAGCAUUUGGAGCUACUCAACUUGUUGGAAAUUUGACGAAGCAGUAUCUUUUCCUGAAGGAAAUCAGUUCUGAUGGAAACACUCAGACCGUAGAUGUCAUUUUCCCAUAUCACCCAAUUCUUUUGUACUUGAAACCUGAGUGGUUGAAAUUGCUCUUGGAUCCACUGUUUGAAAAUAUGGAGAGUGGGCAGUAUCCGAAUAAGUACUCUAUGCAUGAUUUGGGAGCGCAUUAUCCUAAUGUAAGUUUGUCGAUCCAUUUUCUCCCACAUCCACUUCUACCAUUUUAUUUGGAAGAGAAUAAAGCUCACUCUUCCUUUUCAGGCAACUGGUCAUCCGGACGGUCUCGAUGAGCCACAGCCUCUAGAAGAAUGUGGUAACAUGCUCAUUAUGACACUUGCAUACGCCCAAAGAAUGAAAGAUAAAGCCUACCUCACGCAACACUUCAAAGUUCUAGAUCAAUGGACACAAUACCUCAUCGAAGAAGCUCUCAUCCCCGCCGACCAAAUCUCAACAGAUGAUUUCGCUGGCUCCCUGGUCAACCAAACCAACCUCGCUCUCAAAGGUAUCAUCGGUAUUCAAGCAAUGGCAGUAAUCGCCAACGCCACCGGAAACACUGGAACAGGAGCAAACUACACGAAAAUAGCUUCCUCCUACCUAACCCAAUGGCAAACCCUAGGAAUCGCCCACGAUGCCAACCCCCCACAUACAACACUCAACUACGGACACAACGAAACGCACGGGCUCCUAUACAACCUCUACGGCGACCGCGAACUCGCACUUAACUUCGUACCCCAAUCCAUCUACGACAUGCAAUCCAGCUUCUAUCCCACCGUCAUGUCCACCUACGGCGUACCCCUGGAUACACGACACGAUUACACGAAGAACGACUGGGAGUUCUUCGCUGCUGCCAUCGCGGGCGAGGAGACGAAGAACUUGUUCGUCGGCGAGGUGGCCAAGUGGAUCCAGGAGACGCCGACGAAUGUCCCCGUCACGGAUCUGUAUGAUGCGGAUACGGGGAACUGGGCGAUUGGGAGUGGGCAUUUUGCUGCGAGGCCGGUGGUUGGGGGGUGGUUUGCGCUUUUGGCGCUAGAGGGGGCGGAGGGGUUGGGGUUAUAG